GGCGCGGGGCUGAGCGGCAAGCGGUGGAGAGCGGAGAGCAUUGAGAAUGUAGCGUUGAGGACGGGCCACGGGAUUUUAAUAAGAAACAAAUUAGGCAGCCAAACCGUUGGCGGCUGUGCGAAAAGCGGACUGAUCGCCGUUUAAUGUGUCCCAGUCGAUCGCAGUCGGCUAGUGUGUGUAGUCCCCGGUGUUUUGCCGCCUUAAAGUGUGUUGUUUUUGUGCCGGCAGCACUUCAAUUGAGCCCCCCAAAAAAUUUUUUUUCCUUUCAACUCCCCGAUUUGCGAAACUGCCACCGCUGCUGCUGUGCCUGCAGCUGCAGAAAAGGCAGACGGUGACAAAGAUUCGCGACGCGAGUGCAGGCGGGCGGCGACGAAUAGAGAGCAGCAGACCCGCUCUGCCAAUUGUUUAUGUUGAUAAACAUUGUUUUUCGGCCUACUGCAACUCAGUAAAAGUGAAACUAUUGCCACGAUUAGUGGUUGGUCUGGUGUACGUGCAGAAAAGUGACACUUUCAGCAGGCGGUGGAGCUGGUGGUGGAGUGGGAGGAGGAGAAGUCGUUGUAGGCUCGGAGCCGCACAAGGAAUACCAGUGCUGCCGUCUGUUGUUGUUUUGGGGAACAAUAAAUAAAAAUAAUACAGAGAAGCGGAACAAACACGCGGCGCUCGCAAAAGGGCGGGAAGUUUUUUCUCUCCAUCGCCGAUUCCUGUCCUGGGCGACAUGUCGAAGGAGCCAAGGCGCAUAUCCCUAACCUCGAUAGCGCAGAGCGAUGGGGUGUUUUCGCGCUUUGGAAGCAGUUUCCUGGAGCCACAGCCGGAGCUGCCUGGCACGUCCACCAGUCAAAAGGCAUCCAAGACAGUCAAGAGCAUUCGACUCAAGCUAGAGCUCUUUGAGACCGAUGCGGACAAGUAUCCUGAAUUCAACUAUUCAAAGCUGCUAUAUUUGGAGAAAAAAAAGGCCAAGAAACUGAAGCAGGUAACUUCCGUGCCGAAUGGAGCCCCCAACGACCCCUUUGCAGACAAUGACGACGAUGUUGCGCGGAUCGUCAAGGAGCUGGAAGCCAAGUACGGGAACGCCUAUGCCACGGGCAGGGGCAAGAGCAAAAAGGACGAUUACCGGGAUAUCGGCAUGGGCUACGAUGAGUCGGAUUCCUUUAUUGACAACACGGAAGCUUACGACGAGAUGAUACCCGAAGAAGCCGAGACACUGAUGGGCGGCUUUUACCUAAACUGCGGCGCUUUGGAGUUCAAGAACCUAACCAAGAAGUCCUAUACCACGCGAACGGACGCCAUCAUCAAAAUGCCGGAGCGAUCGCGCAAGCGGCUAGUCUCGUCCAGUUCCGAGAGUUCGUCGUCUUCAUCCGGAGAUGAAGAUCGAAACGAUGAUGAGAACGACGAGGAGGACGACGAAGACGAGAGCGGUUCCGAAGAAGAGGACGAGGAGGAUGACGAGACCGAUUCCGAAGAGGACGACUCCGACAGCGAAAGCCUGGAGGACGACGACUCUGCUUCCACGAUCAAGUCCUCCAGCAAGUACAAAGACAAUCAGGCCAAGAAGUCGAAGGUUAUCGUGACGUCCAAACCCAAGUCAAGCCACAGUUCGAGUGGUUCGGCCAAGAAAACACUAAAGAAGCCGAUAGUCAUCACCUCCUCCUCGUCCAGUUCCCCAAGGCCGAGUGGCGUGGAGAACACGGACACAGAGGAGCGUCAACCCCAGACACAAUCCCAGCCGAUGGCCCAGGCCCAGGCUUUAAAGAAGUCGGUGAAGACUACUACGGUGAAGGAUAUGCUAAAGGCCAAGCGGGAUAGCUACCUUAAAUCACAGAGCGGCACAGCCGCCGUCAAGGGAGGAGUCAAUGGAGAGCUCAAGUGCAUCUCCACGGAUGUUGACUCCAGCAGUGACAGUAGCGAUUCAGACUCUGCAGUAGACCAGGGGACUGGAGAAAGGCUUGCCUCUAAACAGCGCAAAGAGGGAAAUGAAAAUCUUCGAACUGCCGACACGGUGUUGCCCGCCUCAUUGGAUGGCGACAUCUUAGCGGCCAUAAAUAACUUCAAGGAAGCGGUUAGAAGUCGAGACUGGAGCGGUAAAAAGUUCAGCUUGGAUGCUACACUUACGCCCCUAUUUCUCAAGGUAUACGAGACGGUUCAAUGCACGGAUCAAAACGAGCGAAACAUGGUCUUCUCGCACAUCGAGUACCAGUUGCAGCUGCCCAAAUACUAUAUCCUGCGCAAGGGGAAGGCGGUGAAGGCCAAGGAGGCCAAGAGCAAGUCAAACAAUGCCGUGGAGAAGCUGCGGAGAGCUGUCGCCGUGGUUAUGCCAAAGGCGAUAGCUAACUACGAGAUGGAGUUGCGCAGCUUUGCAGAACAAGCAGCGACGGACGACCACUCGGAGUUGCCUCCCAAGAUGCCACGCAAGAAGUUCCAGUGGACUAGCGAGCUGCGGCUGCUUCUGUACGAUGUCUACCAAGCCCGCUGGACUUCGUACACCGUUCUAGCCAAACGGAAGGACUCGCUGGAGAACUUCAUCAACGAUUAUCUCAAAGAUAAGGUGGUCAACUUGUGGCCACAAGGCUGGAUGCGUUACGACGAGCUGCAGCGCGAGAUCUUGCGCCAGAAGAACGCCAGCCGAAAGUUAAAGGAAAAGGCGAAAACAGGGCCCGCCGUCUCCAAACCCGCCGCUGCAGCUGCUGAUCAAGUGCCACAGUCCAGCAAUCACCUAAUGCCAAUAGAAGAGCCUCGGUCGCGGGGCAACUCUGAUACGGAUUCAGUCACAAGUGCCUCCUCCACCAGCCUAAAACGCAAGCUCAAGGAUCAGCCUCCGCAAAGCAGUAAACCGCCGAAAAAGAAGAUUAUAAAGCAGGGUCCAAACAUGCAGCCGAACACACAACCACAAUGCCAGCUGACGCCGGCUGCCACGGCGGCUGUCACCGCGCCAGUCAUUAUCAAUAAUAAUAACAACAACAAUAACCACCUGUCCACUCUGGAAUCGUUGCUCUCCAUGCCGAGCACCUCGGCUCAGGCAGCCACGUUGGCGGCUGCCAGUGCGGUGCUGGAUCUAGCCUCGCCCAAUCGAAAGAUCGAUCAUCCCCUGGGCGGCAGUAGCAUCUACAAUCUACUUACGGCAGCCACCCUUGGGGCCAGUGGGAGUCCGGGCCAUUUUCCUGUUGAGCCCCAAGCCAAGGCUAAGGUAAUCGUGGCAGCGCGUCCAGCACCGCAUGUGAUAAAUUUGGAUGACUAUCAGUGCUCCAGCGACAUACUGCAUACGUCCAAGCAACUGGCCGCCACCACCAGUGUCAUCACCUCCACAUCCUCCAGCGCCCAUAUGGUCCAGGUCCGAGACAGCAGUAGCGAAUCCGAUGGCGUGGAGAUCGUGGGCGUUUUUCCUGCCUCCAAACCCAAACAGAGUGUCCUGCCCAAAACGAAAAACAAGACCCAAAACAGGGCCAAGUCUUUUGGGGGUGGAGGGCAAAUGAAUGGAGCUUUGGGUUUAAAUAAAAAUACUUACAUCUUUAAUAAUAACAAUAGCGCACCCAUGGGGAACGUUUACGAUCUCGCCACCAGCACCCAAAUUAUGAAAGCCAUGUCUGAUUUGAAGGUGCUGGAGAAAAAGAUCAAAUGGUCCUCACCGAACAGCAUGAGAGGAGCUGGCGGACUUGGAUCUCCCGGCACAGGCACAGGUGCGGGAGCAGGGACCUCCCCGCGUCAAUGACAAACAGUUUCGGCCGCACCGCAGCCACCAUCUCCGGCUGCCGUGACGGCCUUUUACAAUCACGACCAGGCAAUGGCCGCCGCCCUAGUGCUCUCCUCGCUGAGCGUCGCCCCCCGGUAUGACCUGCUGGCCAACGGAGCGGGUCCCCAACUAGGUGGGGGACCACCUAACUCACUGCCACAAGUAUUUGUAAAGCCAGCCAGCCUGCCAAAGGCAACCAGCGAUGAGGUUGCGACUGGAGCUGCUCCCCCGCCCACUCAACUGCCCACAAAGUUUAUUUAAUCUAGGAUUCUAAAGGCGGCAGGUUUCAUCCGUCACCUGCGGAGAUGCGCUUGAUCUCGCCUCCGCUCUCAAAACCUAUAUUCACUGAUUGCGUUUAUGUGUUUAGAAAUUGAGUCGUUUAACUAGUAAGUCCUUGUAUUUUGCAAGCAUUAAACAAGCAAAUUUAUAGAUAUUUAUAGAGAACCAUUUUUAUUAAAUAAAGGA